UUAUGACAUGUAUCACAAUAACAAAUUCUGUAUAAUCUAGAACUUAAUUUUUAGGUAACAAUUUAUUAAUAAGGCUUUUCUGAUGUGUUUCUUAAGUCUAAAAGGAGAAAUCUAUUGACAGAUUUCGUGAAAUAUGUAUUCCACCGCUACCCCUGCCAGUGGCCAAGACUCUGCUUGUGUAAUGAGAGAAGAUAUAGUUGUGGCAAGGGGUGGAAUAGAGCCUUUGGAAUGUAGCUACUUUAGUAUUUCUGUUCUCACAUUUCCAUCACCAUUCUGUUAGCUCUUAAAUAUCAUGCAAGCUUUUUCACCUAAUACAAAGGUUAUUUCCCUGUCUCAUUCUUUAUAAUUUGUUACAGGGAUUUUUAUAGACAAGUAGGCUGGUAGAUUUAAAAAGUUAUUUUAGCAUUAUUGAUCUUUGAUCAUACUUGGUAAGAACUUGUUCUAGAAAUUUAUUCUACAAUGGGCAUUGCAUUUUUUUAAAUGUUGGGGUUGUCUUGGGGCUUCUGGUGGGGGUAACAGUAGUACCUGUUUGUAAUUAUAAACCUAUAGGAUCAUAUGCAAAGAUUCGGAGGGAUAGCCUUUCUGUACCAUAUAGUACCCUUACUUUUGCAUUUUCUGGGGUAAAGGAAAUUUUCUCCUAUUCACUCAGUAUGAUUUUAUAAGUUCUGUUAGAUACAAGUGACUUGAUACUACAUUUGGGAGGGAGAAUACCAUAAUUGGUUUUUCCCACUGCCACCUUCGGCUGAGUACAUUUUCUUUCCUUAUGUAGUAAAUAUAUUCUUGAAAAGUUUGACGUCUAUCAAGUCACAUUAACUGUUUUCAAAGCAUCUGUAAUCAUAAUAUGCUAAGACAUGGUAGUGAGUCCUUUUAUAAAACAAAUUCUAUACUUUGAAGUAUGUAAACAUGCGGUGAAUUAAACUGACUGUAUUAACAAUUACAUGGAGUAAUAGAUUUUUUAAAAGAAUAAUUACAAAAGAGUUCUUACAGAUGAGUUUUAAGGCUGAAUUCUAAAGGAACAGCAAAGGUAGGUGGGAGAAGUUAGUAGUUGAUGAGAAACUUCAAGGAGGGUGUAAAAGUAAAUCGGUUCUUCAGUGUAGUAGGCACUGUGCAGCAGUAAUCACCUGCUUUUACCUCUGAACACAAGGGUUUACUGAGGCCGGGCAAGUUUCUCCCUGCCCUAGACUAGAAAUUGGCUAUGGGUCUUUAUAUAGUUUCCUUGUUACUAUAUGGACUCAGUAGCUAAUACGAGAAAUGGUGGUAAGAAGGUGAAGCAUUUCUCUGUGUUUGAUGGUUUGAGGGCACAGGGAAAUGAGAAGCUUUAAGCGUUUGGUUAGAUGCCUGUCUUUCUUCCUCUGCUUUCCUCUCACUGAAGGGGUAUGCAUUUUAUUUCAGGGGGAAUGUGCCUACUCUGUCCUAAGCCAUUGGUGACACUUGGCCCAUAAUAAGUGUACCUGCGGGGAGGGCUUUUCUUUUUCUGGCCCCAUUUAUAAGCCAGGGGUUGCUUCCAUUUGCUUUGUGUGCUGUUGAGUUUUAUUCUCUCUGGUUUCCCUAAGCUAAGCUCUAAGCUAAUUCUAUACAAAAGAAAUAUUAAUUAGUUGUUUUUAUAAGUUGCUUGCCAUUAAUGCCUGAUAAUAUGCAGUAAAAUAAGGAUUCUGCAUACCAUUAUAUAUGUCAAAUAUUACAGACUUUAAGGUUCUUUUAAUUACAAUACUAAACUCAGUUCACUUUUGCUUAGCCUUCACAGUUGUUGAUCACAUAGCAUGGUCAUCCACUCACAGCUUAAAAAAAUACAGGGAGCAUCGGAGAGAAUGGGAGAUACUACUCGCCAACGAAUCAAAUUCAGUGAUGACCGAGUGUGCAAGAGUCACCUUCUCAACUGUUGCCCCCAUGAUGUCCUCUCUGGAACUAGAAUGGAUCUUGGAGAGUGUCUCAAAGUCCAUGACCUGGCUUUAAGAGCAGAUUAUGAAAUUGCAUCCAAAGAACAAGAUUUUUUCUUUGAACUUGAUGCUAUGGAUCAUCUGCAGUCAUUCAUUGCAGAUUGUGAUCGAAGAACAGAAGUGGCCAAGAAAAGAUUAGCAGAAACUCAAGAAGAGAUUAGUGCUGAAGUGGCCGCAAAGGCAGAACGUGUUCAUGAAUUAAAUGAAGAAAUUGGUAAGUUGUUGGCCAAGGUGGAACAACUAGGAGCUGAGGGAAAUGUGGAAGAAUCCCAAAAAGUAAUGGAUGAAGUAGAGAAAGCACGGGCAAAGAAAAGAGAAGCAGAGGAAGUUUACAGGAAUUCUAUGCCGGCUUCCAGUUUCCAACAACAGAAACUUCGAGUCUGUGAAGUCUGCUCUGCCUAUUUAGGUCUUCAUGAUAACGAUAGACGACUGGCUGAUCAUUUUGGGGGUAAACUGCACCUGGGAUUUAUUGAAAUAAGAGAGAAACUUGAAGAAUUAAAGAGAGUUGUAGCUGAGAAACAGGAGAAAAGAAAUCAGGAACGCCUGAAACGAAGAGAAGAAAGAGAGAGAGAAGAAAGGGAGAAGCUGAGGAGGUCUCGAUCACAUAGCAAGAAUCCCAAAAGGUCCAGGUCCAGAGAGCAUCGCAGACACCGGUCUCGCUCCAUGUCACGGGAACGGAAGAGGAGAACUCGCUCCAAAUCUCGGGAGAAACGCCAUCGCCACAGAUCCCGCUCUAGCAGCCGAAGCCGCAGCCGUAGCCACCAGCGAAGUGGGCACAGUUCUAGAGACAGGAGCAGAGAGCGAUCCAGGAGGAGAUCCUCAAAAGAAAGAUUCAGAGACCAAGACUUAGCAUCACGUGACAGAGACAGGAAUUCAAGAGACAGAUCACCUCGUGACAGAGACCGAAAAGAUAAGAAGCGGUCCUAUGAGAGCGCUAAUGGCAGAUCAGAAGACAGGAGGAGCUCUGAAGAGCGCGAAGCAGGGGAGAUAUAAUUAGCUGUGUACAUAUCCUCAAUCCUUAAGCUUCCUAUGGAGUUACAUACUAUUGUUUAGUUUACAGCUAUUGGGGGUUACAGUGAGCAGUUCCAGACUCCAAUCCAAAUAGGCUAGAUGCACAGUAUCUAACUCGAUCUGAACUGAACUUGUUUUCCCUGAUGAAGCCUAAAACUACAUCCAUAGUUUCUGGUGAACCUGUAAUGCGAUUCUGAAAGUACAGUUUUAUAUAAUAAGAUGCCGAUAUCUUUAUUCUUUCUAGUAGGAGUGAUAGUGAACGAAUUGUGUUGCUUGCCUUGGGAAUUUUUGAACAUUUGUAAAAUGCUGUCUUCCUUUCUAGUCCACAAACAACAGCUUUCAGAAUUUUUCUUUUUAAUUCUUCUUCCUCUGACUUUUGUAUCCCCUAAUACCUCCACCCUCUAAUUAUAGGAGAAAGGGGGAGCAGGGAAGCAAUAUGACUUCUGUUCUAAGGUUCUGUUUCCAUUAUUAUGAGCUGAUUACAGAGCAUUUAUACUGGAAAGUGUGCUGGAGAAAUUUCAGUACCCGGAGUUUUUGUUUUGUUUUACAGUGCCUAUUUAGAGUUGGAAGUUGAACAGCCUGUUGCAUCACAUACUUUGCUUUUUUAUUGAAAUUUUGAAAUCCAACAUGUCUUGAUUUUUCUGUUCUAUUGAAUUGCUAUGUUCAGGAUGUUUUGAAAAGGGGGGUGGGGCAGGGACUCUUUCAUAAGCACUUGUUUUAUUUUGUGUGUGUGUGUGUGUGUGGAGUAUAAAGGCUACAACCUUAUUGUAAAAAAUAAUAAAAUGAAACAAUCACCACCACCAUCAUUAAACUGUAACUUGUCUAGUAAAUUGUCACUAGAACUAUUUGAUGUGGGCAUUUCUUCUGUUCUAUCAUCAUUAGUGCCUUACUGUGCAAGGCACCAAAGGAAAUAAACACAUACUUGCCAAGAUGAA